AUGGCCCCUGAGCGAGAGCGCUUGGCUGGGGCAGAGCGGCGCAGGAGGCAGAAACCACCCAACACGACCCUGAAGCGAGCGGUGGUCUGGCUGUUGCCCGCCCCGUGCAGCCGGUUCCUCUGGAGCCAGCCGGACCAGUACCGCAGCAGCAAGUUCUUCCUGGGAGCCGGCGUCGGGACCCUCCUCGGCCUCGGGGUGACUGCCUUGGGCUGGGCCACAUCGCCCCACUUUCGCUGCGCCAGCCUGCUCGUGGCCCCCAAACUCCUGGGAAAGGAGGGUCGGGUCUACGUCCUCUCCUUCAUCCUCGCCGCCAUCUACAACGGGCCCGUGACCAACGUCUGGCACAACCUGGCGGAGGUGACGCGCUCGCUGGGCUGCGUGGCGGAGCUGCAGGUCAACCACAGCCGCCAGCUUUGGCGGGUGUCGACGGCCCCCCUGCGCAAGGUGAUGGAGGACAUGGCGCGGAGCGGGCAGACGCUGAGCGCCGAGAUGCAGAACAUCUCGCGCGCUUUCGUGGGGCUGAACGAGGAGGUGGCCAGCGAAGCGGGGUACGACCUGCGGCAGCGCCGGAACCCGGACCCCCGGCCGGCCCCCAGCACCCAGCAGCUGUACGAGAUGAAGACCAAACUGCGCUGUACCUAUGUGAUCGAGCUGGGCAUGCAACGCUGCCGGGACUGGUUCAGCGCCAAGCACGAGGCUUGCAUGGCGCAAGUGGUCGUGCCCCUCAUCAGCCACCUCCUCUGCCUGCCGAUGAAGUUCAAGCUCCUCUGCCACAUUGUCAAGGUCAUGCACAGCUGGUGCUGGGACAAGAUCCCCGUGGAGGGCAACUUUGGGCAGAUGUACGACAUGGUGAACAACUCCGUCAGCAGCCUCAGCCAGGAAUUCAGCGCCAGCGUCGUCUUGCAGGAGGAACACCGCGAGAUGCUGCUGGGUGCCAACUUGUCGGCGGAGCAGCUGAUGGAGGAGGUGACCUCGCACCUGCAGGAGCACAGCACCCGCCUGGGCCAGGCCGUCUCCUUCUUCCGCCUGCUGCUCUCCUUCACCUUCCUCCUCGUCUUCAUCUCGGCUUUCUCCUACACCAAGCGGUACUGCCAGGACAUCUCCUUUGACAACCUCUACGUCACCACCUACUUCCGCCAAAUCGAUGCCCGCCGCAGAAAGCAGCACAAGCGGACGCUGCUGCCCCUGCGCCGGGCAGAGGUCUCGGCCGUCAUCUUCCCGUGCCGCCUGGCCAUGCAGCCGCCCGAGCUGCAGAGCAUGGUGCUGGAGCUGCUGGAGUGCAUCCCGCCCCUGCUCCUCCUCCUCCUCGCCUGCGGCCUGGACCACGUGCUCUUCACCAUGCUCAGCGUCAUCCAGCAGCACUCCUUCGUGCAGUACUCCUUCCACAGCAGCCAUCGCUUGGCCGUGCGGGUGACGGGUACGUCCCUGAUGGCGCGGCUCUUGCGGAGCACCAUCGGGGCCCUCAACACCUCCUCCGACACCCAACUGGAGACGUCCAACUUCGCCUGCCUGCCGCAGCCCCGGGGCAUGACGAGGCCGCAGUAUGUGGGCAGCUGCCUGCCCCUGGCCAUGCUGGUGCUGCUCUGCCUGGCCCAGGUCUACCCGUACCGCCUGCGCCGCGCCAUCGCCGCCUUCUACUUCCCCAAGCGGGAGAAGAGCCGCGUGCUCUACCUCUACAACAAGCUGCUGCAGCAGCGGCAGAGCUUCGUCCGCCGGCAGCAGAAGCGCAUCGCCCGGCGGGCACGGCAGCACCCGGGACUGGGGACGUCGCUGCUGGAGUGGUGCUGCCAGCGUUGGCCGCGUCUGCGCCGCUGGAUGCGCCGGAGCUGCACGGUGUGUGGGGCACCCGAGACCCCCCAAAACCGGGUCUGCCCCGCACCCGCCUGCGGCGCCCCGUACUGCGGGCCGUGCUGGAGGGAGGCGGGCGGCGCGUGCCUCGCCUGCGCUCCCGGGGACCACGGCCUCUCCCAGGACAGCAGCGAGGAGGACGUGGGGUACGCGGCCUGA